AGGAGAGGAAAGGCGCCGGACUAGAAAAGUCAGCUCACGCGCCGACCUGUGUUGGCUGUUAAAAAAAUAUUUUUUUUUAAAAAAACGGCGAAUUCGCUGAGAAAACAAAAUAAUUUGAAAAUGCCCAUUUCUGACACCUCCACGUCUUCCGCUAAGAGCAUCCGUAGAGCAGCGUCAGAACUCGUCCGAACGGAAUCUCUUACAUCGCCAAGGUUCGUGGGAAGGCGGCAGAGCCUGAUAGAAGACGCGAGGAAGGAGCGCGAGGCCGCGGUUGCGGCUGCGGCUGCGGCCGCCGAGUCGUCGGAAGCGAGCGAGCCGAUAGUCUUCGAGGAAGAGGACGGCAAAGCGAUGCUCAACCUCUUCUUCACGCUGAGGAUCGCCACGAGCCCGGCGCUGUCGCGCGCUCUCAAGGUCUUCGAGACGUUUGAGGCCAAGAUUCAUCAUCUGGAGACCAGACCGAACCGGAAGUCCAGCGGCAAUCUCGCGGACCUCGACUACCUCGUGCGCUGCGAAGUGCACCUGUCAGACGUCAACACACUCAUCAGCUCGUUAAAGAGGACGGCAGAAGACGUCAGAACCACUAAAGAGGUCAAAUUUCACUGGUUUCCAAAGAAAAUCAGCGAGUUGGACAGGUGCCACCAUUUGGUUACAAAAUUUGACCCAGACUUGGAUCAAGACCAUCCGGGUUUCACGGACCCCAUCUAUCGACAACGAAGGAAAAUGAUUGGAGACAUUGCUUUCCGACACAAACAGGGUGACCCCAUUCCUAGAGUGGAGUACACUGAGGAAGAAAUAGCCACAUGGAGAGCAGUGUACAGCACUCUGAGUGAGCUCUACACCACGCACGCGUGCAGUGAGCACCUGGAGGCCUUCCGCCUGCUGGAGAGACACUGCGGCUACAGCCCCGACAACAUCCCCCAGCUGCAGGACGUGUCCCUGUUCCUCAGAGAGCGUACGGGGUUCCAGUUACGCCCAGUGGCCGGUCUCCUCUCAGCCAGGGACUUCCUGGCCAGCCUGGCGUUCCGUGUGUUCCAGUGCACCCAGUACAUCCGCCACGCGUCCUCCCCCAUGCACUCCCCCGAGCCGGACUGUGUACAUGAGCUGCUGGGUCAUGUUCCCAUGCUGGCCGAUAAAACGUUUGCCCAGUUUUCUCAGAACAUUGGGCUGGCUUCUCUGGGGGCUUCUGAAGAGGACAUAGAGAAGCUCUCAACGCUGUACUGGUUCACGGUGGAGUUUGGGCUCUGCAAACAGGGCGGAGGGGUGAAGGCCUACGGGGCCGGACUGCUGUCCUCCUACGGAGAGCUAGUGCACUCCCUCUCGGACGAGGCCGAGAGGAGGGAGUUCGACCCGGAGGCGGCCGCCGUCCAGCCGUACCAGGACCAGACCUACCAGCCCGUCUACUUUGUGUCCGAGAGCUUCACAGACGCCAAGGAGAAACUCAGGACGUAUGUGGCCGGAAUUAAAAGGCCGUUUUCGGUGCGGUUCGACCCCUACACCGAGAGCAUAGAGGUCCUGGACGACCCGCUCAAGAUUCGGGCGGGGUUGGAGACGGUGAAGGACGAGCUGAAGACCCUCACAGACGCCCUGAACGGGCUGGCGUAGGACGUCCGGCCAUGCUACCAUGCCCUACCCCCCAAUGCCCCACCCGGCCCCCACCUCGGCUCGCAUCAUAGCGUAAAAACUUUCAUCGUGUGCGUGUGCCUGCUCUGCAGCUGCUGACCAAUCCUCGCUCUUCGACGCGUUCCCCAGAAACAUGGCUGCCUAGCACCAGCAGCCAAUCAAAACGCUGUCGUCUCCACCUGAGUAAUAACGGCAAACCAACACGGAAAACUCCAACCCCUGUCAUUUUGAUACUGACUGCAUUUAGUAUUCCCACACAAAUGCAAAAUGCUGGUGUGUUUUACAGUGUUUCUGUCGAUCUCCAAAGUUCAGACAGACGUUACAGAUGAAUCAAAGUGCUGUCAUUGUCACGUUUGCAGUUGGAAGCUAACAAAAAAGAAGUCAAUUAUUAUUGUUUUUUUUUGGUUAUCUUAAAUGGUUUCUUAUAUAAACAACAUGGGGAGUGAAACUGAAAUCUGCCAUUUGAGAUUGUAAAUUAGCCGUUUUAACUGUAAACGCUGUUUUCUGCAGAUGUUGGGAGCUAAGAAAGCGCCUGCAUUUUGUUUGCUUUGCAUUUUGGCCUCCGAGCCAGCGCUAAAACCUGUUUUUGCUUCAGAGAAACAUACAAUACAAACAAUAAAAUGAUGAGGAAAAUCACUGACUGCAGUACAUCUGAGUGCUUAUAUCUGUCCUGAUUUCCCUUCUGUUACUUUAUGAGCCAAUGAGAGCAUUUCCAGUCUGCUGCACAUGGAUCUGACUCCAGUUUUGGCUUCGAGUGUGCACACU